AUGACAUCAAGUUAAAAAGCUAAUUUGGGAAAGCCUUUGAACACGAGAAGGCGUGAAAUAAUUCCAUUGACGAUAGCACGCCCUUGGUUCCGAUACGGCGGCUGGAAAGUCGCUAGCCACCAAAAAGGGCGGACAAGCUCUUUUAACCAUUCAUCAGAGAAAAAGAUGACCAAUUUCACAUAAAUAAACACAGUGGAAAAAUUUCAGCACCCAAUCAAAAUUCUACAGUUUCCCCCAACCGACAGGAUGAAGAUGAACUGACUGAACCGAAUUGGAGGGUGGGAGGAAAAGGAGGCAGAGAAAAAUGGAGAAGCUGAAGAUUGCCGCCCCAUAUGCGGCGAUGGUCGUAGCUCAGACAGCUCAAGUGGGCUUAAUCAUUGUAAGUAAAGAAGCCAUGUCAAAUGGGAUGUCAAAUUUCAUCUUUGUCUCCUACUCUAAUGCUCUCGCCGCCCUUAUUCUGCUUCCGGUUUCAUUCUUCAUCCACAGAUCGAGUUGGUCUGGCAUAACUUUCAAGUUGGUUGGCGGGUUUUUUCUGCUCGGUGUUCUUGGGUGCACUGCUCAGAUAACUGGAUAUGUCGGUAUUGACUACACCUCUGCAUCAUUUUCCACUGCAAUGCUCAACCUCAUUCCUGGUUUCACCUUUGUACUUGCUGCUCUAUUCAGGAUGGAAAAAGUAGAUUUUACAACCCCAAGUACCAUUGCAAAAUCAGCCGGUACCCUUGUGUCUAUUGCUGGAGCCUUCAUUCUAACUCUUUACAAGGGGCCCAAAAUCCUUCCAGCCUCAUUAUCUUCGAGUUCACAGUACAAAAAUCUUUAUGAGCUGCAAUCCAACUGGAUUCUCGGGGGACUCUUUCUUUCUGUAGACUGUUUCGUGGCUUCAAUGUUCACGAUUGUACAGGCAUUCAUUCUAAAGGGUUAUCCAGCAGAGCUUAUCAUGGUGUUCUUCUAUUGCUGCUUUGCUGCCAUUCUAUCCACAGGGAUUUCUCUAAUUUCUGGAAGUGAUCUGAGUGCUUGGACAUUACAACCUCGUAUGAGGUUAUUUUCUGUUCUAUACUCGGGAAUUUUUGGUUCUGCUCUCCAAGUAAGCUUGAUAACAUGGUCUGUUCAUAAAAAGGGGCCUCUUUUCGUAGCCAUGUUCCAUCCCCUGGGAAUUGUCAUAGCGGCCGCCUUCAAUAUUAUCAUUUCAAAAGAUCCUUUCUUUCUUGGAAGCCUGGUGGGAUCAAUUGUUAUUGUUGUUGGUUUUUACUCUGUGAUGUGGGGCAAGGCGAAAGAAAUCAAAGUUGCCGAGAGCCAUUUUGAAGCAGACAUAGCUGCCGAUCCUGAAAGCUUCCCACUCUUGAGAGAUCAAGCUAAAUGAGGAUCAAGAGUUACAACCCAUUCACCAAGAUUGCCUUGAAGACUUGAAGCCAGAGCAGAGAGAAUUACUUGUGUGGAUAAGCCCAUAAUCCUUGUAUACCGAAUCCCCCAAUCAGUCAAUCUUCUACCUCCAAUCUGGAAUUCAAAUGUAAUACUAGCAUUCCAGCAAUUUGUUGGAGUUCAAAUUGAAAUUUAUUUAGUUGAACAUCAUUUGUAUACAAAUAGUACUUGGAAAAUGAUGUUUGAAGUGUUCCUUUCGGACGAGGUUGUGAGUUGUGUAAUAUCUACAAGUGUUAUACUCUUUGGCCAAAAUCAAUUUCUUGCCAAAAUUACAAUUUAGACGUGUCCAUCAUCCGCCAACAUCAAUUAUUGACAAAAGCUUCUUAAAGUUUUUUUUUUUUUUCUUGAAAAAUAAAGUUGUACAGGAUACACAUCUCUUCUUGUUCAUAUACUCUGUCUGGUGCUUAUAUGAUCUGUUCAAUGUUCUUCUUUUCGCUAUUGUUCCCAAUUAUUUCUCUUCUUUUCACCCAAUUUUUCAAAAUUAUCAUCAUUGAGGAAGUUGCAGAUCAGAAUGGUUUCAAUUCCCGAAGAAUGCGAUAAUCAUCUGUGUGGAUCACUCCCAGGGGUGCUUUCACACACUGCAUCGCGGAAAAUCCCACCUUCAAAACCAGUUUCUUCAUUUUGUUCACUGAGUAGAAGAAGAUCGACCUCAACCCACUCUGGGAUUCACUUGUGUAGAUCUGGCUGACGGUACUGUUUAUAAGAUUUUCGAAUACACCAUACCCGCCUCUGUUACGGUUUGUUUCACACCCGUUUGUUGCGAUUUGUACUGUUUCGCAACCGGAUGGAAAAUUUAUUUGUGUAAUCCCAGCAUCAAACAGGUUCAAAUGCUGCCCAGAUCAAUUUCAAUAGAUAACCCCUCAAAUCUUGUUCUAGAACACAAGUUAGGAUCCGGAUACGUAAUUUCGAAAGGAGAAUACGUAGUGGCCAACCUGAUUUGUAAAAUCAAUGUCGCGGUAGAAGACGGAGCUAUGUUUGGUGGAGAAAUUUUGUGCGAGAUCUACACUUUUUGCCCCAACAAUAGUAAUUCUGAAAUUGGUUCUAAAAACCCGAACCCCGAUCGGCCUAAUGGAGGCCGGCUGUGUUGGAGAGUUGUAAAGAAUGGAUGCCCAAGAUGGUUUAAUCAAGACGAUGCCACGAUGGUAUAGUGGUUGGUACAACUAUGUAUUGGUUGAUUACUGAUGUUAUGUAUGCAGAACAUUAUGACGACUUGGCCUGAUUAUCUGAGAGGUGAGGAUGAGCUGAUUCUUGCUUUGGAUAUUGA